AUGUAUUUCUCCAACAUCGUUAUCGGUGCUCUUGCAGCUCAGGCCCUGUCUGGUGACAGAAGGCCGACUCCAGCGCUGGCUGGAAAGUUCGCGGCCUUGAUGGCUUCUGCAGCUCUACCAGUCUCAGGUGUGCCAGUGAUUGGCCUCAUCGAGCCCCGAUCCCCCGAGAUCUUGGUGCUAGGUGGUGGUGGUCAGCAGAACCAGGGCCAACAGGAUGGCAACGACGAUGCUCAAGACGAACAAGACGGCGAGAACGCACAAGAUAACCAGAACGGCGAAGACGGACAAAAUGGUGGGGGCAGACAAGGCAGAGGUGGUAGGAACGGCAACAACGGCAAUGGCCAAGGCAACGGACAGGACCAAGGCAACGGAGGAAAUCAGGGCGACCAAGCCACUGCCACCGAGUCCCUUGCUACUGCUGUCGACACAGCCACUAACGUCGCCACGGAUGUCGGUGCCAUCCAGAGCCGCAUUGCCAACGAGACCGUAGUCACUCGAUCUCUUGGUCCCGGCCAGCUUGACCCAGGCCAGACUGAUGUUGUCAACACUCCUGGCCAGGAUGGUGGUGCCGCUGCCACUGAGACUGCUGCAGCUACUGAGACUGGUGCUGCUGGCGAGACCGGAGCUGCCGGUGACACUGCUGCCGUCACUGAAGCCCCUGCUGCUACCGACACUGCUGCCGCUACUGAUGAUGCCGCUGCUACUGUCACUGUCACCGCUACCGUUACCGUUGACAACGGUAAUGGUAAUGGUAACGGCAACGGUAACGGCAACGGCAACGGCAACGGCAACGGAAGGGGAAGAAACAGGGAUAAGAACAACGGAAACAACGGCAACAAUGGCAACGCUGACCAGAACAACGGCAAUGGUGCUGCCGACGGGGGUAAUGCUCAGAAUGGAGACAACGCCCAGAACGGAGGUAACGGAAACGGCAACAAGGAUGCUGGCAACAACAACGGUAACGCCAACGACGGCGCUGCUAACGGCGACGCCAACGGUGGUGCUGCCAAUGGCAACAAGGGCAACGCUGGUAACAACGAUGGUGCCGCCGGUGGUGAUGCUGCCGCAGGAGGCGACGCUGCUCAAGGUGAUAAUGCUGGCGCUGACGCUGGACAAGGCGGUGCCAACGGUGGUGGCGCCGGAGGUCUUCUCGGCAGCAUCCUCGAGCGCUUGACAGGAGGAGCCGGUGCUGGUGCGGCUGCCGGUAACAACUAGACAACUCGUAUCAAGUUGCAAGAGGACUCUCUCGUAUGAUACUGGGAUUGACUGGUGCAGGACACCGGCGGGCAGGCCUGGGAUGAUAGAUUGGUUCUCGGUGUAGUGUAGUCAUAUGUACUAGUAAUCCAACCCGC